AUGCAAUUUCAAUUUAGUGCACUCGCUUUUGUAGCUCUUUUUUUAUUCCCUUUAGGCCAUUGCGCUACCAGAAGCUUUAGUUCCUACAAUCCUGAUCCAACUGAUGUGGCUAAGAACGCUGCUACCGCAAAUACUACUCAGCUCACUUGGAAUGUCCGGGGAAGAGCUAUUGAUAGAUUUGUAGUCAUAUGGUUGGAAAAUACUGACUACAACAAGGCAGCAGGUCAUCCCGACAUGAAAUGGUUGGCAAAACGUGGUAUUACGUUAGACAAUUAUUGGGCUCUAACGCAUCCAUCACAACCCAAUUAUGUGGCUUCAGUAGGUGGUGACUACUUUGCACUAGACCAUGAUGAAUAUGUCACUGUACCCAAAAAUGUCUCCACUAUAGCUGAUUUAUUAGAUUCAAAGGGAAUAUCUUGGGGAGAAUAUUUGGAGGACAUGCCCUAUUCUGGCUAUCAAGGCUUUGAAUAUUUGAAUCAAAAGACACAAGCUAAUGAUUAUGUGAGGAAGCAUAACCCAUUGAUAUCAUAUGAGUCUGUGUUCUUGAAUGAAACCAGAUUAUCAUUGAUUAAAAACUUCUCACAGUUCGAACGGGAUCUUAAGGAUCAUAAACUUCCACAGUACUUCCACAUUACGCCUAAUAUGACCAACGAUGGUCAUGAUUCCAGUAUUAAGACUGCUGCGCAUUGGGCACGUUCCUGGCUAACACCACUAUUGAAGAACAAGCACUUCAUGAAGAAUACUCUGGUCUUGUUGACAUUUGAUGAGAAUGAAAUUUAUUCCACUCAAAACCAAGUGUUUACAAUUUUACUUGGUGGUGCAGUCCCUGAUCAUCUCAAAGGUACCAAAGAUCACACCUUCUAUGAUCACUAUUCAUUAUUAUCGUCGGUAGAAGCCAAUUGGGAUCUUGACAACUUAGGACGUAACGAUGUGAAUGCUAAUGUCUUCUCAACGAUUGCUAAUAAGACAAACAUUACCAAUCGAUUCGUGAACACCACUUAUAUGGUUAACAAUCACACCUAUAAUGGUUACUUUUUGAAUAGCUCGAUUUCACUACCAGCACCCAAUAUCACUGCUAUUAACAGGAAUGGUAAACCAGUUUUACAAAAGAUUAAGGACACUUGGAAAGAUGUAUACUCAUCACAACUGUCUCACAGUUAUUUUACACCAACUACAACCACGGUAAGUGCUAGGUUGACUAACCUUGCCACUGUAUCUGCCAGUGUAUCUUCGUAG